CUUUCAUGAAAAAGAUGAUGGAGAUAAAGAUGACAGCUCUGAUGAAGAGGAUCUUCCACCCAUUUGUAUACGAAUGGGUGGAGCAUUAAAGAAAGCACCAUCGACUGAUCGACUUCCAGUUAUUGGAACGGGCGAGGCAGCGCAUGACCAGCCUGCACGUGAAGACCCUCCUGAUGAGGCUUCUCCCUGUGAUCAGGACCCUGUUUUCCCAUCCCCACAGCAGGUCCUUUGUGAAGAUGACAUCGUUGGUGCCAGAGCUUCAAUAGUAUACGAGGACUGCUUGAGACAGCUGGCUACAUUUCUGAUCCUGCCUGUGAAAAAAUGUACAGGGCGUUUAAAGACUGGUGUUGUGUGUGACUGUGUUGCCCCCUUUGAGAUCAACAUCACUUCCAAGGGCACAGCAACGAGUGUCGAAUGGAUCUGUCCCAAUGGACACAGCUUGUGGAGGUGGAAUUCCCAGCCUGUAAUGAAGUGUGGGACGCAAGCUGGAGAUUUUCUCUUGUCCACCAACAUUUUGUUGUCUGGCAACGACUAUGCGAAGGUCGCCCUCUUGUUCAAGUUCAUGAACAUGGGGAUGGUGAAGAAGAACACCUUCGUGUCCAUUCAGGACGCUUACUGUGUGGACACAGUGAAGGCCUUCUGGGAAGAGAGGAGGACUGAGGCCCUCAGUGGCCUUCAGGGGAAAGAUGUUGUGGUCCUAGCAGAGAACGACACCAAGGAGAUCAUUCAUGUUGCCACCAUCAACAAGCAGCAGACAUCCUGCAACUCAGUCGUCAUGGAGAAGGAGGGUUUUAUUGAGACUGUGGACAAGCUUACAUCAGAGAUAAAGCAAGAGGAGAUCUGCACAGGUGCUAAUGCCCAGAUCACAGCCCUUAUGAACCCAGACAAAGGCAGAUACAAAGAUGUUGGAAUUCAUCACAGUCUGGACAUGUGGCAUGGUGCCAAGAACCUGGUAAAAAAAUAGCUGCUGCACCAUGGGUUGACAUUAUUCACCAUGUCUGUGACAUUUGUACCUGGACUAUGGGAAGGUGUCAACAUGGGCACCUUGAAGAAACUCGUGGAAAGGCGUGGAUCCAGAGAGACUCCAGGUGCCACAAAGCUUUAGUGGACAUCGUUCUCAAUGAGCGUUGGCUGAAGGAUGUGCAUAAAUACCUGCGCUUCAGAUCAAAUACAGACCUAGAGGUAUUCCAGAACCAUAUAUUGAUGUAUGCCAGCAAGCGCAUCACCUUCAGUCCCCCAGUUUAUGAGGCAAGAGUUCUGCUUGCCGCUCUGGACUAUAACUUCCACCGGAACCGACCAACAUUGAAAACAGCAGAAGGCAAAGAGAUUUUCAGAAGGCUGCACAAGACAAAAAGCAGAAGACACAGGUUAUAUGCCCUGAAAUCUAAAAAUACCUGCGCAUACAUCUCUGAUCUGCAAGCAAGGAUUGUAAAGAGGAGAAUCACAAGUGGAGUGGGGAUGCCUCGAAAGAAGUCAGUUUUCCCUGCAGAUGUCCAGCAGUUUUUGGUGAUUAAAGAAGAGGUUCCCUCUGGGUGGAGCCCCAGUCUGGACCAGGAGGACCCAGAGCUCCUACACAUAAAAGAAGAACAGGAGGAACUCUGGAUCAGUCAGCAGGGAGAGCAGCUUAAUGGACUGGAGGAGGCUGAUAUCACCAGGUUCCCAUUCACUGCUGUUACUGUGAAGAGUGAAGAUGAGGAAGAGAAACCUCAGUCUCCACAGCUUCAUCAAAGCCAAACUGAGGACAACAGAGAGGCAGAGCCUUCAGCCAGCAGCUCAGCUACGCAGAUAAAAACAGAAACUGAUGGAGGAUCAGAACCUGCUGGGAACCUUGAUCCAGAUAGUCAUUUACAACCAGAUACUGAUGAAAAAGCUUCAGACACUGAAGUCAGUGAAAAUGACUGGCAAGAACCUUUGUCAGAUUCUGAAGCUGAAACUGAAGACAGUGACAAUGGUUGGAAGGAGACCAGAGCACCUGAGUCAGGUGUAAAUGCUCUGAAAUAUAAGGAAGCUCCUGUAAGUGAUGCAGGAUGUAAUGCUGGGAAAGAAUCAUUUAGCUGCUUUGAAUGUGAUAAACAAUAUCAACACAAGGGGUCUCUUCAGAGACACAUGAAGUGUCAUUCAGGAAAAAGGUCCUCCAGCCGUCUGGUUAAUAAGAAAUGUUUCAGAAUGAAGCAAAAUGUAGAUUCACAAAGAAGAGUCCACACAAGAGAGAAACGAUUUGCUUGUGAUGUUUGUGGUAAAAGGUUUAACCAGCAGACACAUCUUACAUUACACAUGAGCGUCCACACAGGAGAGAAACGUUUUGGUUGUGAUGUUGUGGGAAGAGAUUUAAAAGGAUGUCACAUCUUAAGCUGCACAUGAGAGCUCACGCAGGAGAGAAAACAUUUG